AUGGAGCUGUCUGUGCUCGUCAGGAAGCUCGGUCAUGAGCUGGCAGAGAUAAGAGAGCGAUCUCUGAAGAAUAUUCUGUUUAAACUAGAUCAUAACUUGAUUGCAUAUGCUGAUCUUGUCCAUGAAAAGCUGCUUUUCCUUAAUCUUUUGGAGUGGUUCAAUUUUCCAGUGGUACCAAUGAAGGAAGAAAUUCUAAAUUUCAUGAACAAUUUGAUUAAGCAUCCAUCUGCUGCCCAGCAGAUGAUUGCARUUGGUGCAGUGGAAUUCUUCUCACAGCUUCGCCCCAACGUGGAACCAAAUUUACAGGCUGUAAUUGACGGGAUUGUGGAUGGACUGUUCUUGCUUCCUUCUGGAAUUCCUUCUAGUUAUAUGUCAGUGUGCAAUCAAACUCGGCCUCAGCCUUCAGUAGAUCGUUCAGYUCUACCUCAAGAGGAGUUAUUCACUGGAUACUUUUGUCAAGAUGGAAGUCAUGUGCAGCAGUUAGAAAUACCUCCCAAAAGAACAAUUGUAAAAUGCUUGAAGUUUUCUACGUUUCCUUGGCUAACUCUAACCUCAACAGAUAGACAUGUCCUUUCAUCAAAUGAAAGCUCUCUGAGAAGUAACAACCACAGUUUAAUUUGGAAUACAUGUGAACUUCUCCAGGAUGUCAUUAUGCAAGAUUUUCCUGCUGAGAUCUUCCUUCAAAGACCGAAUAUUGUACAGAGUCUUCUGUCUCUGCUCAAGUUGGCUUUUGGAGGAGAUGGAAGACAUCGCUUAGCUUUGCAGGCUGUGUCAUGCAUGCAACAGCUCUGCCUCUUCUUAAGAAACAGACUUAAUUUUCACAGAGAUCCGAAUUUCUUCUGCAGUGAGCAAGGCACAGCUUCCCAGAAUUCAUCUGUCUCUUACUGUCAAGAAGCAAGAGGUCCUCCUCAUUCUCAGAAUCUGUCCCCUGGAAGCAGCAGCCCUCGGCCGUCUGUCAUUGGGCGGACGGUUCAGCGGCCUCGAGGAGAUGGUCAAGACUGGGAUGCAGCUUCUUCCAGUGGAAACAGUAGUCAAGCAAAUGUAAACUCGAGACUAUCUCUCCACUCCCCAUUUGAUGUUGGACAUGCUGAUGUGCCAGAUCUUGAAAAUGAGGAUAUUUUGGAAUUACAGAUGAAACAGCUCAGCCUUCCACAGUUCUGUGUUUUGGUCCUAGAAAGUGCUGUGCCUCUUCUAAGAACAGGCAGUAGGAGAGUGACAGUGGAAGUUCUUGAACUGCUUGUUGAAGAUAUGUACCUUAUUGGUGAUGCUAUUUCUGAAGAUGUUUGGGAAGAUGAUAGCCUUUUUGGGUUGGAAUUGAAGGACAAGUUGCUUAUGGUGUUUGAUUUGCUUGGAGAAACUAUAUUGUAUCACAAAAGCAACAUUACUGCAGAGCAGCCUGAGGUGAUAGUGGUGCAUCACAGAAUGGCAUUUAUCAGCAUCUCCCUUUUCACUGUUAGGCUGCUGCAAAUGCUUCUGCCUGUAGAAAAGGCAAGUCAAGUUUUACCGAAGCAUUUGGUGGAUGCUUUAUUUCUCCUGUCUCUGGAUAUGCCCUUCUCCUUGGAAUAUCCAAAUGUUCAUGAAUCUACAGCAGCAUAUUUGGAGCAGAUGAGUUCAGAAAACUACAGUAUUUAUAAACAAGCCUCAGAAUGUGCUUAUUCGAUUGAAUGCACUUGUAGCUUUAUGAUGGAAACUCAUAAGGAGGGGGAUAAGAAUCUUUUUGAAUUAAUAGAAUUGGCAGAUCAGGCCUUAAACAGUCUUCCUUACCAUCAGCACUUUCCAUUUCUUCAGGAAUGCAUCCAGAUAUGCUCAAAUAUCUGGAAGUCUGACCAGACUAACCCAGUGCUCCAGACAAGGAGUCAGAAGGUGCUUCUCCGUCUGUUGUCUCAUCCGUCGCUGACCGUCAAAGCCGAAGCCUAUCGCUGCUGCUCGCAAGUGGUGAAGGACUGUUUAGGUAUUCAUAAUGCUGCUAAACCUGUAUCUUCAAUCUGCCAYGGAGUACACUUUCUUCUUCAUCCCAAAGUUUUAUAUGAAAUCUCUACAUUUGGUCUUCAAGAACAUAAAGAUGAGGUGAACUCUGCUGCCAAGUCCAUUCUGAUGUACCUGUUGCAGGGACGACUUGUAAUGACAGUAUUGACUUGGAACAAGUUUAUUGAGGCCCUUUAUCCCAUCAUUCCUGUUUUACAGGGUUAUGCUGAUGCAAAAGAUACAUUAGGUAAUUGUAUCCUCACUUUGAGUGAAACAACCUCUGACAAAGGAGAGGGGAUUCUCCCUAGAACUACUAGACUACGGGCAGCUCUCCGUCUUCUUUUCUCAAAAAAGCAGUUGGUUCGUUCUGUAGCACUUAAACAUUUAUCAUUCCAUCUUUUGAAUGAAGAAGGGGCCAACCUGAAACGCCCACAUCUGCAUGGUAGUGUGUUAUCCAGCAUUUCAAACUUGUUUAUUGUAGAAAGAGCUAUUGAGCUGAAAUUGGAUGAUAAAACAGAGUCGGUAUUUAAGGCAGAAACUGUUGAAAAACUUCACGGUAUCUUGACUUCGGAUGCUGUUGACUUGGUUCUACGAAAGUCUGCAGCUGAACAGCUAGCUAUAAUUUUGCAAGAUACCAAAAUGCAUAAUGCAGUGAAAAAGUUGGGUGUGGUAGAAAAGAUUGUGGCUUACCUCAGUGAAUGCAUACAUCAAGAUGGCAAGGUCAUGGAAUGUCUCGUGUUCCCGUGUCUAACGCUUCUAAGGAAAAUUGCGUAUGCUGAUCCAGUGGUUCGUUUGUCCCUAGCACAGCAGUCAUCCUUCCUGCUUGUGUUAUUCAGAGUUUCCCUGGUAUUCCAAGAUGAUUGUACUGUUCUAACUGAAGCUACGGUUUUGCUUUGUCUUCUGUUGUUUGAUGAAGUAGCAAGACAAGAAACAUGGACUGAUGACAUAUCUGGUAAUGAUACUGACCUGCCUUCGUUCAGCUUGCCGGUUGCUGUUGUGAGACGGUAUCAUCUUCCAGUCACAAUCACUGCUCAUCAUGCUGUUAGUCCCAAUGCUGUCGUUAUUCCAUUGUCUUCUGACUGCCUGACUAUGAAGCCUGUGUCAGACAUGCUUAAGAUGGCUUGGAAUCUGUCAUGGUAUCAUGGGAUUGAAGACCUGUUACAACUGGUAAAUUAUGAGAAGGAAGCAGAAAUAUUUUUAGACAUGCUAAAGCUGUCCUCAGAAGACAUUCUUAUACUGAAGAUAACACACACAAUCUAUGGAUUGCAGGAAUGUUUUAAUUCAAUCAUUCAGGCAGUAUCCCACAGGGAUGUUAGGGCUGCUGUUAUGAAACUAAGUUUUUAUGUUCUUAAUGACAAGCUUGCUUUAAAAUAUAACUCUGAGCCUUCUGGAAAUACUUUGAAGAGCUUUGUUUGGCAAAAAGCAUUAAACAGGUUUCUGCAAGUGCUUCCAGCUUCUAUUGAUGAUGAGAAGCUUUUGGUAGAUGUCCUGAAUUUUUUAAACAAACUGCUUAAGGAGCAGAGAACAAGUUUAGAAACAGACCAUCUAAAAUGGAUGCUGAAAACAUUGCGUGAGAAUAAGCCAAAUUCACUCUUGGACCUCCUGGUGCGACCGGAAUCCCAGGUGCAGGAUGCAGUAGAUGAAGCACAGGCAGCUGUAAGGCAGCAGCUGGAUAAGGAGCUCAUUCACCUUUUUAACACACUGCUGCUUUGCUCCAUGUCAGUGACUGACAGUUUAUCCAGAGAGGCCUUAGAAGUUGCUGGCACUUUCAGAACAGAGCUGGCUCUGAAGCUGCUGCAGUGCUUAAGGCUGACAGACGCACCACACUUCUAUGGCCUCCCUUCCCUGGAAAGAACCCUGCGAGGAAUGGUUCAUGUCACUGCACUUCCAGACUGGAGUACAUAUUCUGACGUUGAACCUAUCACAAUCUGUAAGAAAUAUUUAGCAGGCCUUCUUGAGGUCAUUUCAUCAUUUUAUGUUGAAUGGGGAGGAAAUGCCAUGUCCUUUAUGGGAAAAGGUGUUACGAAGAGCACAGUUCUUUGUUUGCUUCACUUGUCCCAUGAAAUGAUGGCUCAAGCUAAGGAUACAGACUGGGUAUCUCUUUGGUCCUUGCCUUAUGAUAACAAUGAAGAGCAAGUUCCUCCUCAGCUAGGUCUGGCGUGGCUGGUUCCUUUGUGGGUUGAUAGAGAUCCUGAGGUCCGAUUCACCUCACUUGGAAUAGGAUCAGCUCUUUCAUCCAUUGAAGUCGGAUGUAUUGCUUUGGCAGAAAGCUGCCAAAACAUUUCAGGAGGACUGUGGGGAACAGUGAUAAACAUCCUUCUGGACCAAUCUGAAUGCAGCAUGGUGCGCAGGGAGGCUGCUUUUAUUCUACAGAAUCUCCUUGUGAUCCCAAUUCCUACUGAAGAUGUGAAGGAUGGUACUUGGCAAGGACCCUGUGUACACGAUGAAGAGUCUGGUCUCUCGCAGACGGGCCCACCGGCACUGCGGGCCCUGCUCUGCCACUGCCGCCUCUACGAACACGUGAGUCGGAUGGCGAAGCGCUGCUACCUCGGGUGCUACGUGUUCCACUUGAGUCGUGCCAAGGGAGACAACGUGACCAUGGAAAAAAGCGGUACAACUGAUUUUGAUGAUUCACUUAAUCUUUGGAAGGUUCCGUCCACUCAAAGCCAGUCUCCCCAUUCUCUGUCAACAUCUGAUACUAUGAUUCUGUCUGCAUCACCAUCACUGGGGAGUGCUACUGAGCUUCAGGCAAAAGUCCAAACGUAUUCAACCAGUUUUAUUCCCCAAACUGCAGCUGAUAGGCUUAUGGCUCAAGGUCAGAGCGAUACCACCACAACAGGGUCUUCAAGCCAACAUGUUUCUCCCCUGUCUGUUGCGCUGCCUAAACAGAGCGCUGUGGUGACACCYGCUCUCCUGUCUGCUGUUUGCAGCCUUCUGCAUAAUCUGCUCGUUGUCACUCCAGAAGAUACCGCAAUUGCUCUUCAGCAAGCACACUUGCUAACAGCUCUCAGCAGUCUUGUAAAUGCUGACCUAAUCGAGAGAUGUAUCUUGGAACUGAAAGCUCCUUUGAGUAACCCCUGUCAUGUGGAACAAGUAAAAGUUCAGGUGUUACUCCUACUUCAGUACUUAUCGUCUGUGUCCAAGCUUUUGAACACGUGCUUAUUGGUGGACUCUCAGCUUGUAAUCCAGGAUGAACUGUUGAAGCCUUUCCUGGGAAACAGCUUCAUGAUCCUCUCCAUUCGCUCUAAAGAUGGGCUUGAUGCUGAGUUAACAUCUGCACUUCAUGAAACAUGGAUGGACUACUUCGAUUUUCUAGCUACAUUAUUGUGGAAAAGUGGCCAAAUAUCCUUUCCAUCUGUGACAGCAGCUCUUGGAAAUCAUUGGACAGCAAUAAUUGAUACCAUUUGUGAUUGCAUUAAUCUGUCAACCACGUGUCCUGAUUUAUAUAAGGCUAGUUUACAGUUUUUCACUGCCCUUUUGACCGAAGAAGGAAAAAGACAACUCAGUGAUAAACAGAGCAUAUGCCAGAAUCCAACUGUAAGUUUUCUUCUAGAUGAGGCUGAAGGAUGUCAGACAUCAGUAACCCAACUUACUGGAUUAAUAAUUCAGGUCUAUGAAAGAAAAUCUUCAAAGGAUGUCCUGAAACAAGCUGCUACAAGUGCAUUGCUAUCCCUAUUAGCUGUCAGUAGAAAUGCCCAAAAAUGUGCUUUAGAAGCUGACCUAAUAGACAAUUGUAUAGAACAGAUGAAAYGUAUUCAUGCACAGAUGAAUUUGGAUUCCCUAAAACCUGGGAAGACGCAGAGGAAAAAGGAGGAUGGCCUUAUCAAGCAGUUACAGGGUGCUAUGCAGCUUCUCAGAAACUGCCUCUUUGAAAAUGAAGAAUGCAAAAUGGCAGCACUCCAAGCUCAUCUUGUUCCUGUCCUGCAGUCACUAUGGCCAUGGUUUUUACUGGAUGACUCCUCGAUGCAAACAGCUUUGCACUUGCUUUGUGUCUACACUGCAGACUAUCCUGCAGGCUGUAGUUCGCUUUGUUUGGCAAGCGCUGGGCAAGCGCAGCAGCUGCCGUCUCUCCGGAGUGGGGCUGGCAAUUCACUAAUGCACAACAUCAUGAAAUUGGCUACGCCAGUAUCCACUGAUGGCAGCCCUAUUCAGCUGGGGGUCUUUGGUCUGCUCUCCAACCUUGCCCUCUCACAUGACUGUAAAGGUGUUAUUCACAAGAGUAACUUUCUGCAGAACUUCCUCUGUCUGUCAUUACCAAAAGGAAAUCAUAAAAAUCUUAGUAAUAUGUGUGCUCUUUGGCUAAAACUGCUACUGAAUAUAUCUUUGGGAGAAGAUGGACAACAAAUGAUUAUGAAGACCAAUGGUGCAUUAGACCAGAUUGUGGAGAUGUGUAAAUAUAAGCACAAGAGCAAUCAGCAUAUAGCACUUCUUAUUUUACAUAAUAUGUGUUUUAGUGCAGCUAAUAAGCCCAAGAUAUUAGCUAAUGAUAAAGCUAUCAGUGUGUUAUCUGCCUGUUUGGAAAAUGAGAGUAUUGAUGUUCAGAGAAUUGGUGCAGCCUCACUUUGGGCUUUGCUUCACAAUUAUCAGAAGGCAAAAGUGACCUUGAAGAAUCCAUCAAUAAGAAGGAGAAUAGAUGAAGCUUAUUCUUUAAUGAAGAGAGCAACUGAUCUUAAGAAACUGAAGGCUAUAAAAUUCAACAGAAAGAUCAAACUUUGGGAGACGUUGAACAUGAUCCCAGCAGGGGAGCCAUUACUGUAUGAGCAAAUUCCAUAUGGAGGACACCAGGAACUGAGGUCAAAGUGUAAUCACACAGAACACAGAUCACUGGGGGAAGGGCUGUGGAGCGGACGCUCGUGCCGGAGCUCCUUGUCUAGAGACGAGCCACUGCGGCCCAAAGCCGCCGAGCGAGAGAGCGCAGGCAGCGAGCAGCGCGAGGCAGCCCCGGCGCCGACCCCUGAGCGCGCAGCGCGGAGCCCCGGGCCCGAGGCGGCUCUGACCCAGCGGGGGCGGAGCCGGCAGCACAGGCGGGAACUCAAAGGCCGCCCCCAGGGAGCGCGAGCGACCAGGAGCGCGGCGCGGCAGUAG